AUGACAACGAGUAGUGUAAAUUAUUGGAAGAGGCUAUGGCGCUGGACAACUUCGGAGAGUCUGACUACAGAAGAAUUGACCAAAAUUUUUGAUACAAAAGAAGUAAGAGAUGGACUUAAAAUUGGAUUGGCUAGUUACAAACAAAACAAGCCUGAGGACUUUACCAAACUUCAGUCACAGUAUCCGGAUCAAACAAAGCUGCUCACUAUAGUGCAGACACUUCAAAAUUAUAUUGAUGUCGACUGUUUUCAAUUAUGGGAAAUAUUAAAAAACUAUUUGUGUGAUAUAUCAUAUGGUACACCCGAGAGUGCAUUAAAGAAUGUUGCAUUUGUUGACACCCGACCUACAUAUUUGUCUCCCAAAGUAUGGAGCUUCUAUUAUUCUGAGCGACUCUUUCUACUCAAAUUGCUUCAGUACAUCAUUCAGCUUAAAGAUGAUGCUCAAUAUAAAUAUCAAAAGGAAUUCACCAAGAUUAUUGAAGAUAUUGGCAUACAAAACAUUAAAACCUCACUCAUAUCUCAAUUUGAAAAGGUCUUAAGUGCUGCUCCACCAUCUAGAAAAAUAUUGAGUGAUUUUUCUAAUGAUUCUGUGCGACACACUUGGUUAGAGAGUAAUUUGAGAGAACAAUUAGCAAUACUUCAAAUACUCUUAAUAAUUGCGGAAAAGAACACAUUUCAAGCUGAAGAAUUCAAAAAAUUGUUUAAUUUGUUCAUAAAACACAGUUUUGGGAAGAAUUAUGGGUUCAGUGAGUUCCUGGGAGAAAGACACAGAGAGCAAUGCCUCUGUAUUAUGUACAUGGAAGUUUGCCUGUUUAUGGUCAUUAUUGAUCAUGUGAAAAUUGAUAAUUUAUCAACAUGGAUAGAAAAUACGAAAGAAGUUGUAGAAACUGAAUUGACAAAAAUUCAAAUGUGUACAGAACAUAGUGCCAUGCUUUUGACGUGGAUGCUGGUAACGUUGCAGAGUGAUCAACAUGUAAAAUUAUUUGAAAGCCAAUAUCAACAUUUUGGCAGUACUGCAAUGAAGAUGAAAGUGUUUGAGUUUCUUCAACAGAUGCUGAACAGUCCUGUAUUCUCAGAUCAAUCAAAGUGCUCACAAAUAGCUAAACAAAGAAUGUUUAAUAUUCUCAACGAGCUUUGUGACAAGUUUGAUGGAGACGGAAGCCUCAGCAAUCAAACUGGCAUUAUACAGCUGUGUUCAGACCUGCUUCAGUCACCAGAAAUAGCUUGUCAAUUCUGGAAACUUCAUCAGAGAGACAAAGACUUUGGUGUAGUGUCAUUAUGGAAUACUGCACUAGAAUAUUUCCCUCAUCAUUUUAGUCCUCUCUCAAAUUUAGCUGCUGGCUUAGUUCAAGCUGGUAAGAACAGCGUCAGAAAUCUAAUAUCUGAAUUGAAAAAUUUACCUGUAUACGCGGAAAUAUACAAUCCAAACGCAGUACCACUGGUAUCUAUACAAUACGAUGACGCUAUAGUCGGCAGAGAGUACUACCCUCUGGGAGAUCCGUCUUAUCGCAUUGAAACUGGCUCCAAAGCCACAAUCAUGGAAAGGAAGGAAGGCACCAUGAUCCACUUCAGAACACCUUAUUCAUAUUGGACGGUGUUCAACAGCGAUAUAGAAAAAGCCUUAGACAGAAAACAUCAUCAGUACAACGUCAAUGCGAUAUUGCAGAGAGUUUUUGAAGGUGCGAGAGUAUUAAAGGGUGUACUCAAGUCGCUGGUUGAGGAGAAAGAGAUCCCAAAGGCGUUGGUAGAAUCAUGUGAAGGAGUUUUCGAUGUACUAGUAAGGUUUAUGAGGGCUGAUUCUCCGCCUCUGCUACUUUUGGUGGAAUGCCUUGAAGUAUGUUCUGCGCUGGUGCCAGUUUUCCCGAAAGAAAUUCAUUUAAGAUUGAUAAACGCAGGUCUGUUACCACGCAUCAUGAAUCAGAAACUGACGCAUAUAGAGUAUGCCAAUGGCGAAUCGUUUGAUUCAGCUACCGUUGGAUCCUAUUUAGUUGCACUAGAACAACCUACAGGAACAUACAAGUUCCUAUCUGCGUAUAUUGAUAUGCUUUGCACUUUUCAUGAGGCAUCGACCGAAGAACGUGUUACCAAAGAAAUAAUUCUGCCCGGAUUGAUCCUGCUACUGCGCGAAGUGUUGCCAAACGCAUACGGCUGGCGCUACACGAACAUACGGGACCGGCGCGCCAUGCUGCAGCGCUGUAUGCGCUUCCUGACCUUAGUGUUGCAAGACCAGAAAACAGAUGGCAGCACCGCGCUGUUGAAACGGACCUGUGUGUAUAGUUUACUGCACACUGAAAACGCUUUGGUGCUACUCAAGAUUAUUUCACUGGGAAAUGAACAUUUAGAGAACAUGAUACAAAAUGAAACGAACUGGUCAUCCGGUACGGGUUCACAGUUUAUAUCGAUAAUACAGAGGUGCGUGGCGGUGCUCAUGUUCGCUUUGCGUCUCAAGAGUCUCGUCACGGAAUCCAACGAGAUGACGCCGUUGGAACAUCUCAUAUUCACUCAGAAUAAACAGAAAGAUUCAUUGAAAGUUGUACCCAAAGUGACAAGUUAUAUCAAUCAUGUGUUCAACAAAAGCUUGGCCGUGUUGUGCUGUAGGCUCUUGAAGAUGUUUGCCGAUAGUUUCCAGAUGUCGUUGUUCGCGUCGUUGGACAUGACCGCGUACCAAGUGCGGGUGUUGUUCCUCGAUCGACUUCGCGACGAGUACGAAACGACAGAACUAAAAGUGGCCAUACUAGAGUUCGUGGCCACGUGCGUGGGCACGCAGCCCGGCCUCACCGAAGCGUUCUUCAUGAUGAACUACGAAAAAACGAAUGACGAUAAAAAACUCAAGGAAACCGAUAAAGAUAAGGAGGAAAACCUGUACAACUACGAAAGCAUCCUCGGUUAUAUGGCGGAGUACUUGGGAACUGUGAAGGCUGAUGCGAAACAACUUCAAAGUCCGCUCUUAGGGUGCAUAAUGGGUCUGUUCCAUGCUCUAUGGAAGAACAAUAUGCAGAUUCUUGUGAAAAAAUUACGCGAAACCGCAACAUUUUGGGAUUACAUGACCAGUCCACUCUUCAGUGAGAUACAGCCCGGCUUGAGAACUUAUUCGCAAAUAUUCAACGUUAUCGGCAUAGAACUAUUCGUCUCUCGAGGGAAAAUAGAAAAUGACUUGAAACUGAUGCUCGAGCAAUUGUUUGAUACCAACAAAACCCAUUUGGACAAAUGGAUCAACCAUAUAUUUUCGUUUAAAGGUAGAAGCGAAAAUGAGCCUGUCGAUAAAGUGCCGGUCUGGCUUGGAUUGUUAACCUCUUGGAAAGAUUUCACCACGAUAUUUUGCAAAACCUUACCGAUAAGUUUGAAUAUAGCGCACAAAGCGAAAAUGGUCACCCCCUGCAUGACCGCCUUGUUGAACGAACUCGAAGAUCUGAAAGACGGAAGGCUGGUCGUUAUGUUGGCCGAACUGUACGUCAUAAUGUUGGCCAAUUGGAGCCACGAUUGCUUUGAAAACAGAAAAGCCAGUGCCAAACAAAUCGAUCGUUUAUUAACCAACACUGCGAUUAUAUACGAAUGCCUCCACCCGAGGGCCAAAAAAGCCAUCCUCUCCAUCUGCACAGUCGCGAUCAGCGGUCUCGAUUAUGAAAUAAAGGCUAACAGUGCCACCGCGCAAAGCAUUAUUAGAUCCGUGACCAAUUUAAAUAGCGUUGAGUUGGAGAAAUUGUUUGACGAUUUCAAGGAUCUUCCUAAAUCGGACACGAAGACCACCGAGCCCUCGACGUACGAGGACGUAUCGCCUGUCGUUCUAUCAUUGGCGAUGUUGGAACAGUGUCUGGAGUUGUACGACGACAUGUUCUCGGGACUAUCGCAGUGGUUCCAGUCGAGUCGAUUCAUAAACAAGCUCCUGUGCUGUUUGCAGAUGUGUUUACAGAGCCGUCGCCAUUACCAGACGUCUCUAGCGGCGUUACGGUGCCUCACCGUGUACUCCCGAGGACCUUUCUCUAAGGAACUCUUGCUGAGCGAUAUCGACCAGUUUUUAUGGAUGCAACUGUUGCCGCCGAAAUUCGACGGCGUAACUUGGAAGCCCGAAGAAUGGUGGAAAGUGUACUCUUACAGCUUAGACUUUAUAUCCAUGAUGGUCAUGAAACACGGUCAGUUCUUUGCGAGUGACGCGAUCACAUUUGUCGGGGUCCACUUGGAACAUUUGAUAGAGGCCAUAAACCUGCCACGACAGGUCGUCAGCAUCGAUUCGUUAAAUGUAUGCGCGUCCGCGUUGAAUCUUAUAGUUCAAUUAGUGAAGUACGAAUCUAGAUGGCGCUUACAGAACAUGCAUUCGCUUUUUGGUAUUAUGAGAAGUAUAAGCGCGUGUCUGUACCAAUGCGUGAUAUACAUGAUCCGAUCGCGGCGUACCUCCGACGCCGCGCAGCCUCCAAGCGACGACACCCCGCCGACGCCGUCCUUAUUGCCAAGGACCUUAGAAGUUCUCCACAUGUCGACACUGUGCUUGCUAUCGUUCAGUCCCAAUCUGCUGUCAUUGCUCGCUGACCCCGGACUAGAUUUGGAGAGAUGGCAGCCAUUAGUUGAACUACAUUUCGGAGCGCCUAAGUUGUCUUAUGAACCAUUCCCUCAACUAACUUUCGGUACAUUAGUGUCCGCCAUCUGCUUGUUGACGAGAUCAUUGAACCAUGCGUACCACGCGGAGGAGAGCAGCGGGUCCCGGUCCCCGCGCGGCGGGCGGCGGCGCGUGUGCUCGUGCAGCAGCCCCGCGGAGUCCAAGCGGCUCAACCGCAGCGAGUCCCUCACCAGCGUGUCCUCCGCCGCCAGCGCGCUGCCCGGCCUGGACGAGAGGCUGGUCGGCGGCGCGCUCGAAGCCACCACUACGCUGCUCGCAGAACAGGCGCUACUUGCAGUGCGCGAUCCGAAUGUCCCAGCUCGUCACAAGCAACUCGUCCGCCGGGAGCUCUGCUCUGAACUAGCUCAGUUCCAUGAUUUCGUCCGCAAGAGAAUAUUGUGCGCUGCCCAUGCGCGCCCGCACCUCGUGCGCAACAAGCUUGGAGCUUGGCCGCUCCCUUCAGACGAAGAGGAAGUCAAAAGGAUCGAAGAAGCCAGGAAAGAGGUUAACUCCGCCGCCGACGAUGAAGACCAGCGCUCGUUGCCUCCGCCCCCGCCACCGAAACGAGCAUCACACGAUUCUAUGCGCGAAUACAUUUUACGUAAACAUUACUUAGAAAAAUGUGCACAAACACCCACAAAAGGACCGCCGUCUCCCGUCUCACAUUCGACGCCCGCGUCCGAUAAAAAGAAAGAAACAUCCAGAAGCUCGAAACGGGUUUCUUGGGCGGAAACUACCAGGGACAGCGAUGAAAGCUUAGACAGCUCUCUCCAAGAAAUAGAACCGGUCUAUUCUAAUCUCACUGAUGUACAAAUUAACAAUGAAGAAGAUUAUUUUCAUUUCAUGUCUGUUGUGUUUCUUUACAUUUGUCAAACAGAAUUGUGAUUUAACUUCGAAUCAACUUGCAUUAAAUCGA